CUGUGUGGAAUAUGCGAGGGCCGGGCGGCGGCUGCGUUCGGGUCCCCGCGUUCCGGGCCGGGCUCCGCGUGCGCUGACGGCCGCCGCUCCGCUCCCCUGGCGCUCGGGACUCGCACCGCGCUGGUCUGUCCGGGAAGGAGUCCGCACGGAGAUGGCAGACGAUCUGGGAGACGAGUGGUGGAAAAACCAGACCGCAGCAGGAGCAGCCAGUAGCCCAGGGUUACUCCUGGCUUUGCACUAAGGAAUUACUCCUGGCGGUGCUCAGGGGACUAUGUGGGAUGCUGGGAAUCAAACCCGGAUCGGCCGCGUGCAAGAAGCCCCAGAUGGUGAAGGAGAAGCAUCAGAUGAUGGAGGAGGAGAAAUAGAAAUGAUGCAGCAGGAGACGACUCCCGUUCCUGCCCCGCCAAAGAAACCCAGACAGCCUAAAGAAUGUUUCUUGAUACCACCAAAGGAAUCAAAAGAGGCUACAACCAAGACCAAGAAGAGGAGAAAGAAGAAAAUUACUGAUAUUCUUGCAAAAUCAGAGCCUAAACCUGGGACACCUGAAGACCUGCAGAAGCUAAUGAAGGACUAUUACAGCAGCAAGCGUUCGGUGAUUGAACUCGAAGAACUAACGUUACCAGAUUGCUGCUUCCUCAAGGCCAAUGAUUUGACUCAUAGUCUCUCAUCUUACUUAAAAGAAAUCUGCCCUAAGUGGGUAAAACUUCGGAAAAACCAUAGUGAGAAGAAAUCCGUCGUGAUGCUGGUCAUCUGCAGCUCUGCUGUCAGGGCCCUGGAGCUCAUUAGAUCCAUGACAGCAUUCAAAGGAGACAGCAAAAUAAUAAAAUUAUUUGCAAAACACAUAAAGGUCCAGGAACAAGUAAAAUUGCUAGAGAAGCAUAUCGUGCACCUGGGGGUAGGAACUCCAGGAAGAAUUAAAGAACUUGUUAAACAAGGUGGCCUUAAUUUGAACCCCUUAAAGUUUCUAGUUUUCGACUGGAACUGGAGAGAUCAGAAGUUGAGGAGGAUGAUGGACAUUCCCGAGAUAAGAAAAGACGUUUUUGAACUUUUGGAAACGGGAGUCCUCAGUCUGUGCAAGUCAGAAUCUUUGAAGCUGGGUCUUUUCUAACUCGGGAUCCUAAUGAUUAUUGUUGUAUUUCAUAUAAUGGCUCUGGUGCAUUUCAAGUACUCACUUCAGAUCAGCUCUUAUUUUACUCUCAACUGUAUCACCGGAUGAUCAUUGGGAAUGUUUGUUGGGAAUUUUGAGGGGAAAAGGUCAAUUUGUCCUUUACCAACUCUUUAUAUAUUAAAGUAUAAUUGGCUCUUA